UCAAACCAGGCGACACGGCCUCGGUCUACAGAGAGAGAAAGAGAGUGAGAGAGAGUGAAAGUGAGAGCGUGUGUGAGAGAGAGAGAGAGAGAGAGAGAGGAAAAAAGAGUCUCCAGUGGGAUAAAUCAGGUGAUCAAGCAGGAGUGACUUGAAAUAAAAACAAGACAAGAGAAAGAGACAACCUCCUACCCAAGCGCAGCCAUAAAAUGAAUUCGGACUCGAGCUCCAGCAGAGCUUCCUCUCCAGACAUGGAUGGGAUGUACCUCCGCGAUCACCACCACCACCACCACCACCAUCCUCAAGACGGACGCCUGAACUCCGUGUCCUCCACGCAGAACGAGCUGCUCCAGAAGAUGACGAGCGAGCACACGCCCAAAACGCCCUCCGGCAGCAAGUACAAACUCAAGAAGCAGGUGACCGAGCAGGAGAUCCAGCAGCUGCGCUUGAAGAUCAACGGCCGAGAGCGCAAGCGCAUGCACGACUUGAACCUGGCGAUGGACGGGCUCCGAGAGGUCAUGCCGUACGCGCACGGGCCGUCGGUGCGGAAGCUGUCCAAGAUCGCCACGCUCCUGCUGGCCAGAAACUACAUCCUGAUGCUGACGAGCUCCCUGGACGAGAUGAAGCGGCUGGUGGGCGAGAUUUACGGCGGCCACCACUCGGCGUUCCACUGCGGGACGGUGAGCCACGGCGGUGCGCACUCGGCGAGCGCGGCGGCGCACCAGGUGCAUCCUCUCCUCGGGAGCGCACUGACCUCGUCCACCUCCUCGACGCUUUCCACCACGUUACCGGGACUUACUUCCAUCAGGGCGCCGCACUCUUUGAUGAAGAGCACCCCUACGCCUCCGCUGCAGCUCGGGGGCUCGUUUCAGCACUGGGCGGGCUUGCCGUGCCCCUGCACGAUUUGCCAGGUGCCGCCGCCUCCCCACCUGCCCAUCACUUCGACAGGACUGACGAGGCUCUCGACAGAAAACAAGGAAGUGAUGAAGUGAACGUCACGCUGUAAACAGUGAACGGACUGGACUUUGCAUGAUCUGUUUGUUUGUAUGUUUGUUCGUUCGUUUGUUUGUUUUAGCCCUUACAAGUUCACAACUUCGUCCUUGUAACAAGGAUCUCGUCGAUUGCUUUGUAAGGUAACUACUUCAACGUUAUGGAGUACGUGCUGCAUAACGCGCUGUAAAUAAUGUCAGGGGCCGCGCCAGGCUCCGCGCACAUUCACUGUAAAUGAGAGUAAAUUGUUCUAUUUGAGGCGGAAUCUAUGUGUUUGAAGUUGCCCUGGAAACGCGAGCACUCCCCUUACACAGAUUUGCCGUGGUAACCAUACUGUCCGCCAAAAAACGCAGAUAGCCUACAAAGAUUAGCGUUUCAACUGUAAAACAAUUAUAGCCUACAUUAAUGUGGGGUCUCCUUCGAACGCUGUUAGAACCACCAUGACGUUUCGUUGUUACGCGUAUCUGUCCUUCCUAUGGCGUUUUGGCGCAAACUGUGGCUUUCGUGGUAAAUUUGCGUAAGGGUCGGCAAGGCUACUUGUUGAUCAUGUGAUGUGGGGGAGUUGCGUGCAUGUAUCUUUUUUUGCAAAGGGUAUGAAAAGACGAAUCCCACAUGUUCCUUGUAACAAGGAUUGUGAAAAGGCAUUUCGGAUGAAAACCGUACGACUAUGGAUUUAGUUCGCACUAGAGUGUUAUUAUUAUAUCUCUUUCGAUUAUUUUAUUCAUCCUUUGUCAGCCUAAGUAAUAGCUGAACAUUCAGUCGUGUUAUUUCUGUGUCGUAUCUUUAUUUGAAAUUCUUCGGCAUGGCAUCUUGUUCAAACAACCUAAAAGCAUGAUCUUUUUUUCCUGGGAAAAUUUUGUUAUUCCAGAGAGAUUGCCGUGGUCUUUAUUUUUGUACAUUCUUGUUGACAAAUGAGAUAUUUAUUAUUGCCCAGUGUUCCUGGAU